AUGGCCGAGGCCGCGGUGGCGGAGGGAGGCGCUCCGGGUCCUCAGGGGCAGCCCGAGGACUCAGCACUUACGGAAGAGAGACCGGGAGAAGUGGCGCCCGCCGGCCGGGAGGCAAACGAGGGCGAAGCGGAGACGCCGAGGGGCGAGGGGGCGGGUGCAGCCGCGACAGCCGCGGCGACGGAGGAAGAAGGCGGGGGGCCAGACGCAGUGGGCGCGCAAGAGCAGGUAGUGGGCACGGACGAGCAGGUGCCGGGAGCGGGCACGGAAUCGGAGGUUGAGACGCCAGACACGAAGGGGGCGCAAGGCGAGGGGGAGGUCGAGGAGCGGGCGCAGGAGGGUACCGAGGGGCCCCAGCUAGGGGAGGAGGCGAACGACACCGAGCAGGUGGAGGAGGCGAGUCCGGGGAGCGCAGUGCAGAGCGAGGCUGCCGAGGGGGCUGAGCAGCAGGUGGUGGACCCUGCGACCCCAGAGGCGCAGGAGGAGGCCGAGCCGGAGGAGGAGGCCGAGCCGGAGCCGGAGGCGGGAGACAGCGUCCCCGGGGCGCCGGGGGACAGUGUAGACCCGGGAGACAGCAUGGACGCAGAGGGGUCGGCGGCAGGCGCGCAAGGGCCCGAGGGUGAGCCACAGGACCUGGGGGGUUGCAGGCCCCAAUCCCAGGCCGAGGCGACUGAAGUCGCAGGGGUGGAGAGUGAGGGCCACAGCCCAGGGGAAUGUGUGGCGGGCGCAGAGGCGGAGGCGGUGGAGAAGGACGCGGUGGAGAAGGCAGAGGCGGGUCCCGGGCAGCCAGAGGGGGCAGAAGCUCGCGAGGAUGGUGACCAGGACAGACCCGAGGGAGGGACGGAGCAGCAGGUGGAGGGACAGGAGCCGGGCCCGGAGGGGCAGAACGCCGACGCCGCCGUCGGGGACCAGGAAGGGACCCUGAACGGCAGCCCCGAUGGAGAGGCGGCGCCGUCCACGCAGGUCGUGCAGCAGACGGAGUUGAGCAAUCACUUGGCGGAGGGCGGCGGCGAGCGCGACGAGGGCCCAGCGCCAGUGAACGGCCGUGGGGAGGACGGCGAGGCCUUGGAGCAGGGGCACCCGGGCCAGGAGCACGACAUCACCCUCUUCGUGAAGGCUGGCUAUGACGGUGAGAGUAUUGGAAAUUGCCCAUUUUCUCAACGUCUCUUUAUGAUUCUCUGGCUAAAGGGUGUUAUAUUUAAUGUGACAACAGUGGACCUGAAGAGGAAACCCGCAGAUCUGCAGAACCUAGCUCCUGGCACCAACCCGCCCUUUAUGACGUUUGAUGGUGAUGUCAAGACGGACGUGAACAAGAUCGAGGAGUUUUUGGAGGAGAAACUGGCUCCACCGAGGUACCCUAAGCUGGGGCCCCAGCACCCUGAAUCUAACUCAGCAGGAAACGAUGUCUUUGCCAAGUUCUCAGCCUUUAUCAAGAACACCAAGAAGGAUGCCAACGAGAUUUAUGAAAAGAACCUGCUAAAGGCCCUGAAGAAGCUGGAUACGUACCUAAACAGCCCUCUGCCGGAUGAAAUAGAUGCCGACAGCCCUGAGGACGUCGCUGUUUCUGGAAGGAAGUUCCUGGAUGGAGAUGAGCUCACACUGGCCGAUUGCAACCUCUUACCCAAGCUGCACAUCAUUAAGAUUGUGACCAAGAAAUACAGAGAUUUCGAAUUUCCUUCUGAAAUGACUGGGCUCUGGAGAUACUUGAACAAUGCUUACGCCAGGGACGAGUUCAUAAACACAUGUCCAGCCGACCAGGAAAUUGAACACGCGUAUUCAGAUGUUGCAAAAAGGAUGAAGUGAA